AUGUGCCCAGAGAGUCCCGCCCCAGAUUUGCUGCUGCAGCUUCUGGUCGGCGACACGGGGCAGCGCGCGGUGUACUUGCAGCCACCUGAGGUGGGAUUGCUGCCAGGCCUACAGGUCUUGCGGCUGCGAAGGGGGACUCCGGUGGUGAAUUUUAAGUGGUUGCCCGUGCAAGUGAAGAUCAGUGACCUGGCGGUUGAGAUCUCCCCCGGCGGCAAGGGCAAGGACAUCGUCAUGGAGGACCCUUGGGCUGCUGGCGCCCAGAAGCCCGUUGCCACUGCCAUCCCAGCUCACCUACGGAAGGAGCUACAGGACCUGCUGCAGACCCAAGGCUUCCCCGUCUCGGAGCACGACAACCUGGUGGCCGCGCUGGCGUCCGCGUUCGCCGAUCCACUGGUGCUCCUGCCGUGCAUGCGGCAACGCGCGGCCACCACCAUCCAGGAAACCCACGACAAUCACAUCGACAUGGGCCGCCUGGCCUCCAGCACCGAGCACAACUACGUCGCCUUCAACUCCGCACUCAUGGUCGACGGCACCGGCUCUGUCAGCCUCGUGGAUCGCCCCGCCUUCGAGACUGAGCACUCUGCCAUGCAGCUUCAGGUCCAACGCCUGCUGUACCACGGCGUCUUCCACAAGCCUGUCCUGCGACGCCUUCAAGCCCGGUUCCCUCUGCUCCCCGCUGGUCGCGGCCAUCCGACCGACGGUGCUGAAGGUCAGGGAGCGAUCCCAAGUGUACCAACCGGCACCUUCGCGACGGCGACUCCAGAUGCAUUGCAGCCGCCAGCUGGCGCCGCCUCCCACGACUCCAUGAAGUACCUGUACGAACGUGCUGAAGAUUGGGCCGAGCGCUGGGCCCCCAGCGUUUUCUUUGGCAACAACAUCGACAACCACAAGGACUGGAUGGACUGGUGCGUCUCCCAUGUGACCGCCGUUUUGCAGCGACCGCAGUUUGAUGCGCACUUCAACCUGGACGACGCCUUCGGCUCCGACACGGCCCGCCGUGGCAGGGCGGUUGAGAUCUGCACGAGGGCUUGGCAGCGCAGUGACCGACCUCGUUCUCGACGCCCGGAGGUCCACAAUGCCGAGCGACAGACAACCAUCGUUCAGCGUGAACUUGCCGAGGAAGCUGCUGAACAUCGAGCUUGCCGCCGCUGGGUCGAGCGCGAGACCCGCGGCAACCCGCGCCCGGCUCCUGCUGGCGACCACGCGACCUCGACGACAUCUACCACGACAAGCACGAGCUGGCGCCAGGUGGACAUCCUCGCGACCGGCGACGCUUCCUCUCGAGAUGGACUUUCUGGGAGGACGUUCGUCCCCACCUCCAUCGCCACCGAGUGGCGCGUGCUGAAGAACCACCUUGCGAACUCGCCGCGCGGCCAGCUCUCAUCGGACUUCCUCUCACGCAUUGGCGUGGCGAGCCCCGCGACCGAGGACAACAAUCCUCGCCAUGUCAUCGCGCGCCUCGCGGUGGCCUACCGCACGUACAACAUCCUGCGCACCAAGCACGAGGAGCAGGACAUUGUGAGCAUCCGGCCACUCUGUAAUUUGGGCAGCACUGCUGCCGCCACGCAGUAUCUGCACACGACAGGGCUAGAGAGCCAGGCCCUGCACACCGACGCGGCCGCCUCGGCGUGGUGCCUGUGCUGCGUGCCGGCUGGCGCGGGCUACGCGCGGCCGCCUUGCGGCCCCAAUGAGACGUACGCGAAGCUCUUCGGGACGCGGGUGCUCUGCACCUCGCCGUGCGGGAGGAAGGGCAGGUGCUCGCCCGACAAGCCCGACGGCACAUUCGCGGAACCGAAGUGCGUGCUGGAAGUGGACCCAGGCCAAGAAGGAGCCAAGCAGGGGCAGCCGAACAAGCCGACCUACUGCGGCCUCGUGUGCACCUCGAACAGCUACUGCCCGAAGGGCAGCCGAUGCACGAAGGGAAAGGAGGAUUCGAUGGUCGCCAAGGGCCUCGACGAUAGCCUAGGCCUGGGGCUGUCUGCGGACGACUUCAAGGGAGUCUGCAGCUUCAAGGAGAAGGCGAACAAGACCAGAGCGCCGCCAGAGCCUCCCUUGCAGCUGCGGCUGUCCGCCAUCCUUGCUAAGGGCGUGACCGACUUCAAGGACAAGCUCGGGAUCCCAGCCGACUUCGAGCUGCCGACCAGCGUGGACAACAAGAAAAGUUUGGAGCUGUGA